CGGGCGGCGCUCGGGCCCAGCGCGGGGCAGGAGCCUCUCGGUGCCUCGGGCAGCGGCUGCGGCCGGAGCGCUUGGGCGACGGCGGCGGCUCUGCCCGGCGGGGAUGGCGGACGCGGCGGCCUCUCCCGUGGGGAAGCGGCUUCUGCUGCUGCUGGCGCCGGGCGAGGGCGAGACGGCGGGGCCGGAGCCGGGGCCUGCGCUGCCCGCACGGGCCUGGCGGAGCGGCACCGUGAGGGCCAUGAGCGGAGCGGUGCCCCAGGACCUGGCGGUGAGGCCGGGGGCAGGAGUGGGGCGCACAGCACCGUGGACAGGGCCGCAGAUCUAUGUGGAAUUCGAUGGCUGUAACUGGAGCCAACAUGCAUGGGUGAAAGUCCAUGCUGAAGAAGUUAUAGUGUUGCUGCUGGAAGGAUCAUUGGUUUGGGCACCUCGAAAUGAUCCAGUUAUGCUUCAGGGGACUCGAAUCUCGCAGGCACAGUGGCCUGCACUGACCUUCACUCCUCUAGUAGAUAAACUGGGGUUAGGCUCUGUAGUCCCAGUGGAGUUUCUUCUGGACAGACAUUUACGUUUCCUGUCUGAUGCCAGUGGAUUACGUUUAUUUCAGAUGGGAACAGAGAGUCAAAAUCAGAUUCUGCAGGAGCAGCCUUCACUAAGAGAAUCUGUCAAUGCACUGAUCAGUGACCAGAAGCUUCAGGAGAUAUUUAGUAGAGGUCCUUACAGUGUCCAAGGCCAAAGAGUUAAAGUUUAUCAACCAGAGGAUGAAAAUAGCUGGCUCUGUGGUGUUGUGAGCCACCAAGACCCAAUAACUCGUCUUAUGGAGGUGUCUGUGACUAAGAGUGGUGAGAUAAAGUCGGUGGAUCCUCGACUGAUUCAUGUGGUGAUGGAUAACACUUCUCCAAGCGAGGGAGGGGGCCUAAAAGCGGCUAAAUCAUCGUCUAAAGGGAAAAAGAAGAAAGAAAGCCUAGAGGGAAAGGAUGGAAGGAGGAGGAAAAAUGUAUCAGAUCCUGGUUGUGAUCCUGCAACAAAGAAGCUAAAGGAGAGGGCUGAGGCAGAUAGCAAUGGUAGUGAUGGAGGUGAGACAAGCAGAGGUCCCUGGAAAGGAGUCUCCAGUAGUGAAACAGGACUGGAUCCAAGGGCCAAGCAGUUGCCUUCAUUUAUUCCUCAGAUUAAUCGCAAUAUUCGUUUUGCUACUUACACCAAAGAGAAUGGCAGAACACUAGUAGUCCAAGAUGAGCCAGUUGGUGGUGACACACCAUUGCCCUUCACUCCAUUUUCUUCUGUGGCUGGACAACCAUUACUAGUUGGAUCUGGAUGUAAAGAGGCAGGAAAAUCACUGGAACAGGUUGGCCAAGGCACAGUGACUUCUGCAACUGCAGUUACUACAACUGCUUUGACACCGACAACUGUGAGAAUCUCUGAUACCAGUUUGCCAGCUGUUACUGGACAGGAGAAACCAAAAACAGGCCGAUCACAAGCCCAGGGAGAGAAUUCCCGAAUUUCACUUUUGGCUUCUGGAUUUGGAGUUUCUCUCCCAAGUGCUUCCCAGUCCUCCUUGGUGUUUGGGGCUGGAAGGAGCCAAUCAAAUGGAGUGAUGGCUCCAGAAAGCAAACCUUCUGGAUUUCCUUUUGGCUCUGGUACUGGACAAGAGGCUCAGAAAGAUUCUGAUUCAUCCAAGAACUUGUUUUUUCAGUGCAUGUCCCAAAAUCUUCCUUCCAGUAACUAUUUCACGGUCAUUUCAGAGAGCUUGACUGAAGAUGUCUCUAGUCGGGACUCAUUCAAGCAGUGUACAGAGAGUGUGGGUCCUGGGACUUGUAAAGGUAAAAUUCUUUCAGUGGACAGUAAGCCAGGAGCCCAGUCUGGUAGUUCUGUAGAGCGGAAGUUGCCUGUGGAAUCUAUGCCUACCCUUACUCCAGCCUUUUCACGAAGUCUGCUGAAUACUCGUCCCCCUGAUAGUCAUGAAAACCUAUUUUUACAGCCCCCAAAGCUAUCACGAGAGGAACCCUCAAACCCUUUCCUGGCAUUUGCUGAGAAAGCAGAACUUAGUCCUUUCAGUGGCUUUGCAUCUUCAUCUCAGACGGGAGUUUGUGCUCCCUCAACUCCUGUGGGUCAUAAGGUCACUUCUGGCUGGCCGGAAUCCCUCACCUCUACAGACUCUUUAACAAAGAAGAAAACCUUGUUUAUAACAACUGACUCCUCAAAGAUGAUCUCCAGUGUUUCUGGUUCAACACCUGCUGCUGGUGUUCAAAGCCCUUCCACUGUAGGGAACGGCCGUUCCAGCUCACCAAGCAGCAGCCUGACACAGCCUAUUGAGAUGCCCACACUUUCCUCCAGCCCAACAGAAGAAAAACCAGCUGUCGGGCCUGGGCAGCAGGACAAUCCUCUUCUGAAAACGUUUUCUAAUGUCUUUGGCAGACAUCCACCUACCCUUUUCUCUUCACAGGCAGAGUUUCCACAGGAGAAGAAAGCCCCUUUUGAAGCUGUGAAAAGGUUUUCGCUAGAUGAGCGGAGUUUAACGUCCAAACAGGACUCCGACUCCAGUACAAAUAGUGAUCUGUCAGAUUUGAGUGACUCUGAAGACCAGUUGCAGGCUAAGGCUUGUAUGAAGGGUAUCCCAGACCACUUGAUGGUGAAGCUAGGCCCCAAUGCGGAGCGCAAUGCGGAAUUGCUGCUGGGUAAAGGAAAGGGGAAGCAAGCCCCAAAGGGCCGGCCCCGCACAGCUCCCCUAAAAGGUGAUGACUUGAAUGCAGAUGAUGUUUUGGAAGCUCAAGGAGUUGGCCAGUCUGUGCUGAAAGAUAUGAGUAAGGUGAGGAAGCUGAAGCAGUCAGGUGAGCCUUUUCUCCAGGAUGGCUCUUGCAUCAAUGUAGCUCCACAUCUGCACAAGUGUCGGGAGUGCCGUCUGGAGCGGUACCGCAAAUUUAAGGAGCAAGAGCAGGAUGACUCAACUGUGGCCUGUCGCUUCUUCCAUUUCCGGAGGCUGGUAUUUACCCGGAAAGGUAUACUACGAGUAGAAGGUUUCUUGAACCCACAACAAAGUGACCCUGAUGCCAUGAGCCUAUGGAUUCCUUCUUCUGCCCCUGCAGAGGGAAUUGAUCUGGAAACUUCUAAAUAUAUCCUGGCCAAUGUUGGGGACCAGUUUUGCCAGCUUGUUAUGUCAGAGAAGGAGGCAAUGAUGAUGGUAGAGCCACAUCAGAAGGUGGCAUGGAAGCGAGCAGUACGUGGUGUGAGGGAGAUGUGUGAUGUAUGUGAGACAACACUCUUCAAUAUUCAUUGGGUUUGUCGGAAGUGUGGUUUUGGGGUCUGUCUGGACUGUUACCGGCUGAGGAAGAACCGUCCACGUAGUGAGACAGAGGAGAUUGGUGAUGAAGAAGUUUUCUCAUGGCUGAAGUGUGCAAAGGGUCAGUCUCAUGAACCAGAGAAUCUCAUGCCAACACAGAUCAUCCCUGGUACAGCGCUUUACAAUAUUGGGGACAUGGUUCAUGCAGCACGAGGCAAAUGGGGUAUUAAAGCCAAUUGUCCAUGUAUUAACAGACAGAACAAAUCGGUAUUGAGACCGGCUGUCACUAAUGGAAUAUCACAGCUUCCAACUGUAAAUCCUAGUGCAUCAGUCUCUGGAAAUGAGAAUACCUUUUCCACUGGAGCAGGGACAGCAGGAGUGGGGCAAGUAGAAAUGGACACUGUACCAAAAUCUGAAGCAACUGAUAGUAGAAUAGAAGAAUCUGCAAAAACAGAGACAUUAUCAACCAAUAACACUGGGGAAGUAAAGACUAACAGACCACUUUGUCCAGAAACAGCUCCAUCAUCAGCUUUACACUGGCUUGCAGAUCUAGCAACGCAAAAAGCAAAAGAGGAAACAAAAGAAUCAGGAUCACUGAGAUCAGUGCUUAAUAAAGAAUCCCAUUCACCCUUUGGAUUAGAUUCCUUCAACUCCAGUACAAAGGUUUCCCCGCUAACCCCAAAGCUGUUUAAUAGCCUCUUGUUGGGCCCAGUGACAUCUAGCAACAAAGCUGAAGGCUCCAGCCUCAGAGAUCUGCUACACACAGGGCCAGGAAAGCUUCCUCAGGUCCCAUCAGACACAGGAAUCCCCUUUCCUCCAGUCUUUUCUGCAGCUUCUACGGGGGUCAAAGGUAAAGCCAGCCUGCCAAACUUCUUGGACCAUAUCAUUGCUUCUGUGGUGGAAAAUAAGAAGACGUCUGAUGCUGCAAAACGAGCUAGUAAUUUAGCUGACACACAGAGAGAGGUGAAGGAAAUGGUAAUGGGAUUAAAUGUGCUGGAUCCACACACUUCCCACUCUUGGCUGUGUGAUGGUAGACUUCUUUGCCUUCAUGAUCCCAGCAACAAAAACAACUGGAAGAUCUUCAGGGAAUGCUGGAAGCAAGGCCAGCCCGUGCUGGUAUCUGGUGUCCAUAAGAAGUUGAAGUCAGAGCUCUGGAAACCAGAAGCUUUCAGCCUGGAAUUUGGAGAUCAAGAUGUAGAUUUGGUGAACUGCAGGAACUGUGCCAUAAUUUCAGACGUGAAAGUGCGUGACUUCUGGGAUGGCUUUGAGAUAAUAUCUAAGCGGCUCAGGUCAGACGAUGGUCAGCCAAUGGUACUAAAGUUAAAGGACUGGCCUCCAGGGGAGGACUUCAGAGAUAUGAUGCCUACGAGGUUUGAGGACUUGAUGGAAAAUCUUCCUCUUCCUGAAUAUACCAAGAGAGAUGGCAGACUGAAUUUGGCUUCUAGGCUGCCAAGCUACUUUGUCCGUCCUGACUUGGGUCCCAAAAUGUACAAUGCAUAUGGCUUAAUUACUGCAGAAGACAGACGAGUUGGUACCACAAACCUGCACUUGGAUGUGUCCGAUGCUGUUAACGUCAUGGUGUAUGUUGGGAUUCCCAUUGGGGAAGGGACCCAUGAUGAUGAGGUUCUGAAAACAAUUGAUGAGGGAGAUGCUGAUGAUGUAACAAAGCAGCGAAUCCAUGAAGGAAGAGAGAAACCUGGAGCAUUGUGGCACAUCUACGCUGCCAAGGAUGCUGAAAAGAUACGGGAACUUCUCCGAAAGGUUGGAGAAGAACAAGGCCAAGAAAAUCCUCCAGAUCAUGACCCCAUUCAUGACCAAAGUUGGUACUUGGACCAGACCUUACGUAAGAGACUCUAUGAUGAGUAUGGUGUGCAAGGCUGGGCAAUAGUGCAGUUCCUUGGCGAUGCUGUGUUCAUUCCUGCAGGUGCUCCCCAUCAGGUCCAUAAUUUGUACAGCUGCAUUAAAGUGGCAGAAGAUUUUGUAUCUCCCGAGCAUGUGAAGCACUGCUUCCGUCUGACACAGGAGUUCAGGCAUCUGUCUAAUACUCAUACAAACCAUGAGGAUAAACUGCAGGUGAAGAACAUUAUCUACCAUGCAGUGAAAGAUGCUGUUGGCACCCUGAAAGCUCAUGAAUCCAAACUAGCUAGAUCGUAGGAACUGCUCUUUCCAAAUGCCCUGUCAAGUAGGCCUUUUGCUCACGGUAUAUACAGGGACUGCACACAACUGCUUCUGCAGGAGCAGAGGCUUCUCACUGGGAGCUGGUGUGGUCAGUAUUACACACACUCUUCAGCCACUGUUUUCUACGCUGCCUCAACACUGAAGGUCUAAUGAAAGGUCGCAGAAUUCCAGAUUCUAAAAGGUGCCAUAUCCCUUUCCUGUGGCCUUUUGCAAAUUGAAAGAACAUGGAAACCACUUGGUGUUCCUGCAUAUUACGAUUAGAAAUGGUAUAAAGAGUGUGGAUAUUUUUUUUUUCCCUCAUGCCUAGUUAAUCUCCACAAAGUUAGACAGAACGUGCUGGAGUUGGGUUGUCCUACUACAGACUUGGUUGAUAACUGCUGAAAAAAUGUGACCAACAGUAGCCCAACUGCAGAAAUUCAGACAAACUUCCCGUGUGAGAUACAGGCCAAGGAAAAGGAUAAAACUAUUCUCUGCACUCCCUUUCUUCUAGCCGUUUCUCUAUACACUGUAGAGUUGCAGAACUAAAGGGAGAACCCACUUUUUUUUUCCCCUGGGAGACUCCAGAAAUAAGAGAAUUGUGUAUUUAGUGAAAAAAUAGGUUUGUAGUGAAACAGUUAAUAUUUCAUGAAAGUAGAUAUUUUUAGUAUUUUUGAAGUACCACAAUUGUUCCUGGAUUUUCAAGGAAAGGUGUAUUACAUUUAGUCUUCCUUUCAAUAAAGUCAAUAAGUGAUUUUUAGAAAGCAGUCUAAAAUAGCACAAAAACAGCCAAAGGAAAAUUGAAUAGAAAUUGACAUCCCACCUCCCUUGCCCAUAUUACCUCACCUAUCUUCCCCGCUCUCUCUACGCCACUCUGCUUCCUCAGUAUGAGAAGUAAAAAGGAGUAUAAACUCUGUUCUCACAUGGAGAUGUUGUACAUCUCUCCCUGCACUGGUGACUGCAGGCAAUAUUCACCCAAUACCAGUGCUACCUGAAAACAUCAAUAAAACAUCUAUCCUUUCCAAAGUGAAGGAAAAGUUAACUUUUGGUGUCAACUUUGUCCAGAACUAUUUUAAGUAAAAUGUUCCUGCUUGAUAGAACUGUAUUCAGAAUUCCUAAUGUCAGCAUUGAUGCAAUGGAUUUCAUUGUCUGGGUACAUGGGGAAAUGUAUUGACCUUAUCUCCAGCUGUACUGUAGUGCCACUUGCAGGCCUGUUAAUAUGUUCACGGUUAUUUCAUUUUUUAAAAAAUAAAAGUCAUUUACUGUAA